AUGGCAGUACCCAAACUAGCUUGUGUGCAGAUUCUUGCCAAGCGAGUACUGCUUGACAGCACAGAUGAAGACACCUUUCAUCACUUUACUGAUGAGCAAGAGUGCUUGAAGGGUAAAUCUGUCAGCCCACAGACCAUCGAACGAAUAACAGACACGAUUUCUGAUCGUUUGCGGAUUCCGUGGUUAUUAGGUUCUGGUGCCAAGAAGAUCGAUAUCACAAUACUUCCGCCUCUUGUUUUCCUUCCAAUCUUCCUUCACGUCGCGGCUCUUCACAUUGUCUUAGCUUUCAUCAUUUUGACAUCCUUGCCAAUACUAGUGCUUUGGUACUAUUACAUCACUCACCAGAAUAAAGGGCGCACUUUAUUUUUUCUUAGUCUUGGCCUCUUUUCUCUGGGCUACAUGUACUAUUUAUUCCUAGCUGAAGUUAUGCCCAAAGGAAAUGUCAACUUUGUACACUUAACUGUGCUCACUAGUGGUUUGGUAUUAACACUCGUAUGUUUAGCACAAGUCAAGAAAGAUCCAGGCUACCUCAGAACAGACAACAGAACCACUCAAAUUAAAGAUGCUGAGACAAAAUACACUUCUUCACACAGUUUGAACGGUACACACCAAGUUCAGCAGAAGGGCUGGGAUAUUCCCACAAAAUUGAAUCUAUCUGGCCGCAAUGGAAAGCUGCAGUUGGGACACCAUGAAUUGAACAAGAACUGGUGUGCAGUAUGCAAGACUAUAAGACCACCUCGUUCAGGACAUUGUCGAAUCUGUGCAUCCUGUGUCCAAAGGCUGGACCAUCAUUGUGUUUGGAUUAACAGCUGUGUAGGUGCAUCUAAUCACCGUGCAUUUAUUCUGACCCUUUUUGUUUUCCUCCUCACCUCAAUAUAUGGAAUCAGUUUGACUUUGGACACUAUAUGCAGAGGGCGAAGUAUUUUCACAGCUUUAUUCUAUUGUCCUGGAGUCUACCGUGAGUACAGUACAGCAUUGUCAUUCACGUGUGUCUGGUACUGCACGAUAGUCACUGCAGGGAUGAGUUAUCUCUUCCUCAUACAGCUCAUCAACAUCAGCUGCAACAUCACAGAAAGGGAAAUACGGUUUGCGUUGAGAGACAAAACUGGACAAAAGUACCUCUGCGGUCUAGUCAUAAAAACCGAUGAGUACAAUCGAGGCUUCAUUAAUAACUGGAAAGAAUUCCUCAAACUUCAGCCCAAUCAUAUGAAGACAACCAUUGAAGAUUUAGUAUGUUUUUGGAAGAAGAAGUCCCAGUUUAAACAAUAAUGAACAUGAUGCAUUUGGAGUGGGUUGUUCUUGCAGAACACCGCUCGCGACAGGAGAGUUAAAAGCAAGAUCACAAAUCUAUUUUAGAAAUUCCGGAAAGCUAUCGGGUGCAAGAGAUUGCAUGUUCUAAACGGUAAACUACAGGUAUAGUCAUCUUUGACUAUUUAGGUGGUAGCCUAAAUCUAAGCACAUUAAAAUAACUUGCUGCAUUUUCAUGUUGCAAUGUUAUGGUGUCUACUGAAACAUUGAUGACAAAUCAGUAUU